AUGAACGGAAACCGGGGCGUAGUGGACUCCUUUCUGGAGGAGUUAACGCUCCCAGAGAAAAUUGAUCUUCUCGCCGGAAAAAAUAUGUGGGAGACAGCCAGCAUUGAUCGACUUGGUAUUCCAAGCCUCAAGACUACCGAUGGACCAGCUGGUGUGAGGGGCAAGAUCUGGAGCGGCGGCUCACGUACGACAUUCAUCCCGUGUGGCGUCUCGCUUGCCGCAACUUUCAACCUAUCCUUGAUCGAAGAGGUGGGUGAGGUGCUGGCACCUACCAUGAACAUCAACAGGUCGCCACUCGGCGGUCGAAAUUUCGAAAGCUUCGGUGAAGACCCAAUGCUCACAGGCCGAAUGGCUUCUGCUAUAAUUUCCGGCAUCCAGAGCCAGGGCGUUGGGGCUUGUAUGAAACACUUCGUCGCCAACGACACCGAAACCAACCGGUACAAUGUGGACGAAAAGAUUGAUGACCGAACCCUGCGCGAGGUGUACCUUAGACCCUUCAAGCUUGCUCUGGAAGCCCACCCGUGGACUGUCAUGACGAGCUACCAGAAGAUCUUGGGUGAGCAUGUCGAUGCAAGCUCUCGUCUAGUCAAGGACCUUCUUCGCGGCGAGUGGGGGUUCGACGGACUUGUAAUGAGCGACUGGGGAGGACUCAACGACACCAUCAAAAGCCUGGCUGCCACAACCGAUUUGGAAAUGCCCGGUCCUGCAGUCCGGAGAGGUAAAAAGCUCCUCGAGGCAGUGAAGAAAGGAGAUGUUGAUGAAGGAACUCAGAUUGAUCAGUCUGUACGUCGCGUAUUGACUACUAUCGAAAGGGCUGGCGUCCUCCCCUCUUCACCAACCUCAUCUUCGAGAGUUGAAGUGAAUGGACCGGAGGAUUACGACUCUGUGGCCGGGGAGCACGAGGAUGAUUCAGACCCUUCGUUCAGAAGGAUUGCUCGUCAAGCUGCUAGAGAGGGCCUCGUACUUCUCAAGAACAAGACCAUUCUCCCGAUAAAACCGAAGAACCUGAAACGGAUCGCCAUUCUGGGACCCCAAGCGAAAAAGCCAACAGCGGGGGGUACCGGGAGCGCUGCCGUCAACCCGUAUUACGUAUCUUCACCAUAUGAAUCCCUGAGCGAAGCCCUACUGUCAGAGAAUUCUAAUAUUCAUAUCCAAUAUGAGAAAGGCAUUCGCACUUCCGAUGUUCCUCCCCUGCUGGGAGACCGCCUCCAGAAUGCUGCAGGCCAAGGGUUGCGAGCAGACUUCUACGCCGGGCAUAACUUUAAAGGCAACAUUAUCGAAACGACUUACUGGAAAGACUCUAUUGUCUAUCUUAUGAGCGAUGGUGAUGUGCCUGCAGAGUUGGCCGACAGAGACUACUGUUUCCGAGUUUCUGGCGCCCUGGUACCUGACGUAUCUGGGAUGCACACAUUCAGCCUGGCCAACAUCGGUCAGGCUAGACUCUACCUGGACGAUGAGGUUGUCAUUGACAAUACUUCAUGGAUAGAGACUUCAGGGCUUUUCAUGGGCUGCGCAAGCCGAGAAAAGACUGCUCAAGUGUCGCUGGAAAACGGUCGCGUCUACCGCUUGCGGGUUGACUAUGUCGCUACGCCACCCCCGGUCGAGGCUUACGAUAACACUCUUUUUCACAAGGUCUCAGGAGCCCGCAUCGGUCUUUUGGCACCUGAAGACGAAGACGAAAUGCUUUCAAGAGCUUGUGAUGCAGCAGAGAAAGCUGAUCUCUCUCUGGUCGUUGUCGGUCUAGAUCCCGACGAAGAAAAGGAAGGUGGGGAUCGUUCGUCUCUUGAGAUGCCAGAGCGAGUCAACAAAUUGAUCAAGGCAGUUGCUUCGAGAGGCGAACACGUAGCGGUCAUCGUACAAUCGGCUUGUUCUGUAGGGAUGCCUUGGGUCCACGAGGUGGAUAGCAUCGUACAAGCAUGGUAUCAGGGCCAGGAGAACGGUAAUGCUCUUGCUGACGUUCUGCUCGGGAAGCACAACUUUUCGGGAAAGCUUCCUGUGACUUUUCCGGUACGUAUUGAAGACCACGGGUCCUCUCCAUAUUUCCCUGGAGACGCCAAGAAUAACCGUACCGAGUAUGGUGAGGGGGUUCUUGUUGGAUACCGUCAUUUCGACAAGCACCAAAUUACUCCCCUUUGGCCCUUUGGCUUUGGCAUGUCCUACACGCAAUUCCGCUUAUUUGGAGCACGAGUUUCUGGAUUUGUGUCAGCAUCGCAGAACUCCGAGGCUACAGCUACGGUUAGCGUCCAAAACAUUGGGCCCUGUGAUGGCCAGGAAGUUGUCCAAGUAUACGUGUCGCCAUCUUCAGAAAUCUCAGUCCGAGGUUUGCAGUCAUACAACAAGGCCCUCGGCGGAUUUAACAAGGUAUCUGUCGCAGCAGGUCAAACUCGACAAGUCAACAUCAAAAUCUCAAGUGAGGUCUUUCAGUGGUUUGAUGUUGGUGAUGGCAUGGAGGAUAUAAAGGAAGGAUCCUGGAGGGUCGACCCUGGAACGUACCGCUGCUACAUCGGCAAUAGCUCCGCCGCCGACUUUGACGAGGUCGAUAUUGAAGUUCGAGAAUGA